AUGAGUAGCUCGGAGUCAGAUGCAGAGGCACCUCUGUCAGAGAGCGGCCAAGAAAGCAAGCGUUCGACCUCCAGUUUGGGCUGCGGCUUUAUCGUGCUAGCUUUUGAAGAGUUUCUGGUCCUCAGUUUCAUCAUUGCAGUUUGUCGUCAAGAUCCAGACAAGUGGAAGAGCGUCCUUCUGCAGCUUGUCGCCAUCUUCGUGGUCCAUGUCGCCAUUCAAUAUUUCCUGAUCGAUCAAGAUGACCCAGUCAAUGUUGGCUUGGAGGCCAUAGAGGACGACUUGGAACAUCCCGACUUCGAACAACUUUUCGAUCAGUUGCAUAGUGCCGCGCCGAGAAUCGAGCACAUCGCAGUGGGCACGAAAAAGGGAGCAAAGUUUGUGGGUGGCGGCCAUAGGCUUAAUAAUCAAGUUCUGAACAAGCAAAGGGAGUCGCAAGUCUUCGCCUUCGCAAGCUGGCGAGAUGUGUCAGGCCCGGUAUCAGGUUAUGAUGACUAUCCAUUUGCUCAAGUGACGAUCACUGCAGAGUAUGAGUGCUUCGACGAGCCAACAGCUGCCAAAGCAUCCAUGGAGAAGCAGGCUGUUAUGGCGGAAUGUGUGCGAAAAGCCCCGAGUGGAACUUUAGGCUUCAAUGACUUCAGCAAGGUGACGUUGACUCCGAACAUGGGCGUAAAGCCGGUAGAAGGUAGCCAGGAUUAUGCCGUAACUCGCCCGGGCGAGAGCAUCCCUUGCUGGCUGUCCCUCAAGGUCUACAAGACCGGGUCGUAUCUCCUCCCAUUCUUCGGGACGUGCUAUCGGCUCCUUUUUGUGAACAAUGUCCCACACAUCCACUACAAAAUCGUCAAGCAGGUGUCGGUGUUGCGUCAAGCAGGUAAGGACUGGCGAGCUCCCUAG